ACAAGGUUUACAAGAGAAGAAAUUUAAUCAGUUUUCCCACCUCAAAAAUGCUUAACUAUGAUAAAAUGGAAAAAAUUGGAGAAGGAACCUACGGAACCGUUUUCAAAGCCAGAAACAAAAAUUCAGGAGAAAUCGUUGCGUUGAAAAGAGUAAGGUUGGACGAUGAUGAUGAGGGUGUUCCAAGCUCUGCUCUCCGUGAAAUUUGUAUUCUCCGCGAGCUGAAACACCGAAAUGUAGUAAGGCUCUACGACGUUGUUCACUCAGAAAACAAGUUGACACUGGUUUUUGAGUAUUGCGAUCAGGAUUUGAAAAAAUUUUUCGACUCGCUGAAUGGGUAUAUGGAUGCACAAACUGCACGAUCCUUAAUGCUUCAACUUCUCCGUGGUUUAUCCUUUUGCCACGCUCACCAUGUACUUCAUCGAGAUCUCAAGCCGCAAAACCUGCUGAUUAAUACAAAUGGGACACUGAAACUAGCUGAUUUUGGAUUAGCCAGGGCGUUUGGCGUCCCAGUUCGAUGUUUUAGUGCAGAAGUUGUCACGUUAUGGUAUAGACCGCCGGACGUGCUUUUUGGAGCGAAAUUGUACAAUACUUCAAUUGAUAUGUGGUCUGCCGGGUGUAUUUUUGCAGAGAUCUCAAAUGCCGGUCGUCCAUUAUUCCCCGGUGCUGAUGUUGACGAUCAAUUGAAACGAAUUUUUAAGCAAUUGGGCAGCCCAUCCGAAGAUAAUUGGCCAUCAAUUACACAACUUCCAGAUUAUAAGCCCUACCCAAUCUACCAUCCAACGCUUACAUGGAGCCAAAUCGUACCUAAUUUGAAUUCACGUGGCCGUGAUCUUUUACAGAAACUUCUUGUUUGCAAUCCAGCAGGAAGAAUCGAUGCCGAUGCAGCUCUACGCCAUGCGUACUUCGCAGACACUUCUGACGUCUAACUAUUCACUAUUGCACUUUCCUACUCACAUUGUUUUCUCGCUUUCCCUGGCAUUCACUUCCCCCACUGACCCCAAAUGAACCUCAUUGCUUGCGAAACAAAAUCUCAUCGUUAAUAAACGGCUACGGUUUG